CCUCGCAGCUUUCUGUUGCGUUGCUCGGAGGCGACCUCCAUCCUUCGUCUCUCUACGAUAUCCAGCAUUCAGGACACCCGCCAACAGCGUAUCUAUGGCUCAAACGGGCGGUCAUCCAAUGACUUCGCCGAUGGCGACCGGAGUGUGGCCCAACUCGAGCUCAGCGUCAGCUUCGCCAGCCACUUCGACUCGACCGCUAGGCUCGCGCAACCCGUUUCGGGACGAAGCCUCUGUCGAAGGGGAACGGAGUACGACAGGAUUGAUGCAGCAUGCCACUGGUCAAAGUCAAAGUCCUGCUACAUCGUCUCAACAAGCUUCAGCGCCGUCGCAGAAUCCUCUUGAGCAGCAGACUGGAGUCGACAGCGCCGCAGCGCAGCAAUCACGUACAGACGACCUCGCAACAGCAAUGGCCGCUGCCCGGCUGGACGACAGCGCACCAGCUGAGCCAUCUAGCUCAUCAUCUACAUCGACGCUGACAGACUCAUCCUUCUUGCCUCUUGCACAAUUGAGGCAGUCACACGAGUCAGCGAUGAGGGGGCACGAUACCUUCCAACCUCCCUCCGGCCCCCCACGUUCUCUGCCUACUCGUUCUCACUCCCAAUACUCGAGCCCUUCACACCCUCCGCCUCCUCAACACCACAGUCGCACCUACCAGCCCCCCUUUCAUCCCCCUUCGCAAUCGCACAUACCUCACAGGCCGCGUUCCCCACCUCGCGUCAACCGUGCGCAGGACGCUGGCGAAGCCAACGAUGAUGCCCUUGGAGAAGCCCCGCCCGCUUAUGAAGACGUGCUGAGGGCGCCGGAGGGAAUGGCUUUGCCGCCACAGACUAGAUUGCAGCAGGAGGAGAGAGAGCAGCAAUUUCAACAGCAGCAGGCCGCUGCGGGGCCAUCGACGAGGCCGGAGGGGAUGCACCACAGCCCACCGAUGCACCCGCCGACGCCUACAGGAGGGUCAGGAUCCUACGGCGGCGGAGCAGGGCCGCCACACUUUGGCCCUCCGCCUCACCAGCCCUACCAGCACCAGCAGCACCAACAGCACCAGCAAGGAUGGGGAGGCUCCUACCAACCUCAUCAUUCAUCCUACAACGCCUACCAGUCCUCCUAUCAACCCUACCAUCAGCCUCCCUUCAGCCCUCACGGCCACGUCCAGCCGGCCCGACCCCUCGUCGUACAACCAGGAGACCCGCGUAUCGGCGGCUACUUGUGUUGGAAGUGCAACGGCUCGGGUGCAAAGACAAGUUGGUUCUGGGGAGACGAGGGUCCUUGUAGUGCUUGUAGGGGAAUGGGAAGGAUACUGUAGCGAGCGGCACACGGAUACGUCGAGCGAGAGGACAGCGUUGAUUACUGGCAGUCAAAUGUGAUACCCAUAGCUGCCACAUGCUCCUCAAUCUAUUAUCAUUUUACUUCUCUCUCUCUCACCUCGACAGCAGCAAGUCGUCAAUCUUGAGGAUCAACGACACGCACUCACUAGCCAGUGAGAUCGCAGACGUGUUCACCAAGAGCGGCUGCAACA